AGCUCCUAAACCCUAAAUAUCGAGUCGCAAGUCUUCUUAUUUGCUUUUCGUGAUUGUCGCUUAGUCCUGAACGGGAGAGCACCGGCGCAGCUUGGUUGAGGCUUCUCUUCUCUUUGUUAGGCACUAUGGUGAGGGUUAGUGUGUUGAACGAUGCUCUCAAGAGCAUGUACAAUGCUGAGAAAAGGGGGAAGCGCCAAGUCAUGAUUAGGCCAUCCUCCAAAGUCAUUAUCAAAUUUCUUCUGGUCAUGCAAAAGCACGGAUACAUUGGAGAGUUUGAGUACGUUGAUGAUCAUAGGGCUGGUAAAAUCGUGGUUGAGUUGAACGGUAGACUGAACAAGUGCGGGGUUAUUAGUCCCCGUUUUGACGUGGGUGUCAAAGAUAUAGAACCUUGGACUGCUAGGCUUCUUCCGUCAAGACAGUUUGGAUAUAUUGUAUUGACAACGUCUGCUGGUAUUAUGGAUCAUGAAGAGGCCAGGAGGAAAAAUGUUGGUGGUAAGGUACUGGGUUUCUUCUACUAGGUUAUUUUCAAUUGAGGAUGGAAGUGAUUUCAAUUUUGAGAUUCACCGGUUGCAAUGGAGGAUAUGCUAGUCCCUAGUUAUUAUAUCAUCAUAGCAGGAGGUGGUUUGUGAUGCUCUUUAUUUUGUUUGCAAAGUUGGUAACUGAAACUUUUCUGCUUUCUUUAUCAUUAUUUUUCUUAUAUCAAAAUGUACUGGCCAAGUUAUUUUAAAUUGUGAGACCUUUGAUUAGAAACAUGAAGCCGAGCGAAGUUUGAGAUUCUGUUAUGAGUUAUAGUUCCAUAUUGCGUUGAACAGAUUGAAUUUUGAAAUUAGUGUAUUCAUGCUUGUAGAAAAAAA